AACAAGUACAUUAUUUUUCAUAUAUAAUCCUUCUACUAUUAAAAACACCCAAAUCCAUUCAUCUUGCUUAUUUUUCAUUUGGUUUUUAAUUAUUUGUCAAAUUCAUAUUUCUCCAUUGUUUAUGAUUUUCAAAUACUUGUUCCGGCACAGGAUUUGUCGAUUCUGAUUGCUUAUUUACAUUGGGUUUUUGGGCAUUUCUUCUUUUUAUUAAUGAUCAUUGGCUAUUGUAGGGAGUUUUUUUAGUAUAUUAGGAAGCCCUCAAAAGGAUCCCAUUUUUUUUUAAUGAAAUUGAUUUAGAUUAGAGGGAUAAUUCUUGUCUUUGAUUCAUUACAUUCAUCAUUGAAUCAUUGGUGUUUUUCGAUUUGUUUGUGUGAAGAUAUAGGGAGGGAUAAUUCUCGUCUUUGAUUUAUUACAUUCAUCAUUGAAUCAUUGGUGUGAAGAUAUAAGGGUGGUUUAGAUUGGCUAAAGCUCCAUUAUUCUUUUGGGUGUUAUUUUUGUUUCAAAAAAAAGUAGAGCCUUUAGGGAGAUAAGAAAUGGGGUUAUAGUUAAUGGGUGAAUUUAGAUAUUAUUGGAUGGUUAAGGAAGAAGAAAGUGUGAGAAAUUAAGAGGUCAAAUGGGGAAUAGCUGUGCCAAAUCAGCCGCAACGGAGGAAGAUGAAAAUGAAGAUAACAAACAAGAUGGUAAUGAAGGUGAAGCUAAAGAUCCGGGUCAGUCUGAAAGUAAAGAACCGGAGGAAUCCGGAUCGGUUCGGAAACAACCUCCGGAAGAAAUGAAGAUUGUUAGGGAAGAAGACAAAACAGGGAAGGAACAAGAAUCAAAAUCCACUGAAAAAGCCGCUGAAAUGACCCAAAGGCAACAAUCAAAAUCUCACCCUCAAAGACUUAACUCCAAGCCCUCCCAACUUGCAGGAUUUAACAAGGAAGGGUCCAAAACCGGGAAUAAAACCCGAAAAGCUCAUAAUGUGAAGAGGCAAUCAUGUGCAGGGUUGCAGGUUGGCUCUGUCUUGCAAACCAAGACAGGUCAUUUGAAGGAAUACUAUAACUUGGGGAGGAAGUUAGGUCAAGGACAGUUCGGGACCACUUUCCUUUGCAUCGAGAAAGGUACCGGGAAAGAGUACGCUUGCAAGUCGAUCGCGAAAAGGAAGCUCACGACGACUGAGGAUGUGGAUGAUGUGAAGAGAGAAAUUCAGAUAAUGCAUCACUUGGCAGGGCACCCUAAUGUUAUAUCCAUCAAAGGGUCUUAUGAGGAUAACAUGGCUGUUCAUGUUGUGAUGGAGUUGUGUGCAGGGGGUGAACUUUUCGACCGGAUAGUAAAGAGAGGGCAUUAUAGUGAAAGAAAGGCGGCUGAGAUAGCAAGGAUUAUUGUUGCUGUUGUAGAAGCUUGCCAUUCCAUGGGAGUAAUGCAUAGGGAUCUUAAGCCUGAAAAUUUUCUCUUUGUGAAUAAUGAGGAGGAUUCACCUCUUAAAGCCAUUGAUUUCGGAUUAUCCAUAUUCUUCAAGCCUGGGGAUAUCUUAAACGAUGUUGUUGGAAGCCCGUAUUAUGUCGCACCUGAGGUUUUACGAAAGCAUUAUGGUCCAGAAGCGGAUGUGUGGAGUGCUGGGGUGAUCACUUACAUUCUCUUAAGUGGGGUGCCUCCAUUUUGGGGUGAAACUGAACAAGAAAUAUUUAAUGAGGUUUUGAAUGGAGAGCUUGACUUCUCAUCUGAUCCCUGGCCUAAUAUCUCUGAAAGUGCUAAAGAUUUAGUGACGAAAAUGCUCGACAGAGAUACGAAGAGGCGGAUAAAGGCUCACGAAGUACUACGCCACCCUUGGGUUCAGGUUGAUGGGGUAGCACCAGACAAGCCACUUGAUUCCGUUGUCUUAAGCCGCAUGAAACAAUUUUCUGCAAUGGAUAAGCUCAAGAAAAUGGCCUUGAGAGUCAUCGCCCAAAGGCUUUCUGAAGAAGAAAUUGCCGGGUUGAAAGAAAUGUUCAAGAUGAUAGACGCUGAUAAUAGUGGCCAAAUCACCUAUGAUGAACUUAAAGAAGGAUUGAAAAGAUUUGGUGCUAAUCUUGCUGAAUCCGAAUUUCGUGCUCUAAUGCAGGCCGCAGAUAUUAAUAACAGUGGUACAAUUGAUUACGAAGAGUUCGUAACUGCAACAUUGCAUCUAAACAAGAUUGAGAGGGAAGACAAUCUGUUGGCAGCCUUCUCGUAUUUCGACAGAGACAGCAGCGGCUACAUCACUCUGGAUGAGCUUCAAAAAGCUUGUCAAGAGUUUGGUAUUCAAGACAUCCACCUCGACGAAAUAAUGCGAGAAGUCGAUCAAGACAACGAUGGUCGGAUUGAUUACAACGAAUUUGUAGCCAUGAUGCAGGAAGGCAAUCCUAAACUUGGUAAAAAAGGUAAAGAAUAGAUAUUUUUGACAAAGAUAAUGUAUUUUUCUUAGGGCAUUUCAUUUAGUGUUUCAUUUUUUUUUUCCAAACUUUUUAGAGUUUAGCUUUAGUUUAGCUCUUCAAAGUUUGAGGAUCAUCACAAGAAAAAUUGAGUUUCCUUAUUUGUGAAUGUGCCUAAAAUUGUUGUAUACACAAUUUUGC